AUGGAGUGGCGAGAACAGUCAACUGUGAGCUGCCAGGACGCGUACGUGGAAGCUCAGAGGUGGAUCGAAGCAGUCACCAAGAAAACAUUCAAAGGCAAAGACUUCCGAUCAGCUUUGGAAAACGGAGUUCUGCUGUGUGAUUUGAUCAAUAAGAUCAGGCCUGGCAUCAUCAAGAGGGUCAACAGGCUGCCUACACCUAUCGCUGGUCUGGACAAUAUUAACGUCUUCCUCAAAGCCUGCCUCAAGCUCGGGCUCAAGGAGGCGCAGCUCUUUCACCCCGGAGACCUCCAGGAUUUGUCUUCGAGAGUUACAGUCAAUGACGAAGAGACCGACCGGAGACUCAAAAAUGUGUUGAUCACACUUUACUGGCUUAGCAGAAGAGCUCAAGGCGAACAUUCCUAUGAUGGACCUUACCUGAAUUUCAAAGCUUUCGAGGGAUUACUGGGCACAGCGCUUCAUAAGGCUCUCCAAGAACUGUCUGGUCAGAAAGGCAAGAGCAUCCAAGACAGCGGUUUGGGAGAUAGCUGGUAUUCCGAGCGAGAGGAGCUUCAUGACUUAAGAGGACAAAGAGGUGGACACAGGAGAGACGACUCCUUGGACAGUUUGGACUCCCUGAGCUCCCAACCGCUUAGCAUUUCAUCGGACGUCACGCUCAAAGGCAGCAGCGAGGGUUGUUGCAGUGACGCAGAGGCUGACGCGGCCUUCAAAAUGGCUCACAACAAGGAGUCUCUGAGUUACCGACGCUCUGUCACCCUCACGCCGAAGGUCACCACCCAGUUCAACCAGUUCCUGCCUUCCAAAGACAAGACGAAUGCAUACGUGCCCGCUCCGCUAAGGAAGAAACGGGCCGAGCGUAACGACGACAACCGACGAAGCUGGGCCAACCCAUCCUACGAGGAGGAGGACAUCCCGAUCGUCAGACAACGGCAAGCCUCAGAGAGUUUCGACGGGAGCAAAUCAACAAGCGACAUCACAGAUGAACCUACGUUGGUCAGACGUCGGUCUCAGUAUGAAGCCCUUGAGAAAUACCGCGAGCAGGUCAAGCAGAGCGACGAUAAGUGGCAGGAUGACCUGAGCAAAUGGAAAAACCGACGCAAAAGCGUCAACUCUGACAUUGUUAAAAAGAAAGAAGAGCGGGAGGAGAUCGAGAAGAUCACAAACACCGGCAGCACCAGAAGGUCCAAGACCUACCAGGAGAUGCAAGAAGACAGGGAGUUCAGGCGAAGCAACAGCAUCGGCAGUCGCAUUGGGUCUCUCAGCUUUGACAAUGACAGCGACGUAUUCGAAAAACCAAAACCCCGUUCCCGCGACAGCCUGAGCAGGAGCUACACCGUUGACACUUUUUAUCACUCCUCCGGCUCAUCUGAGGCUGCUGGGAAAGUGGAUAACCCUCCAGAUGCACCGCUCACAUCCACAAAGCAAAAAACCCAUGCUCCUGGCGACACCAACACCAGAACGCAACCUGCCGAAUCCACAUUCUCUCUCAGGAGUUCUUUCUUGGAAAGCACUGCCAAAACGGAAAAGAUCUCACCAACUCUGAGAACCUCACAAAAAGUUCCCGAACCAAAUAGCCCGGCCAAGGCGCAGCCCCCAUCCUCAGCGUCAAUGUACAGACCGACCCCGCCCAUCAAGACGGAAGCCAGCGCUGCGGCGGUUUCUCGGAUAUCUGCCUCCCUUCCUAGGAGUUACCAAAGAUCGGAUAGUGCCAGACUCUCGUCAGUAGUCACACCGAGACCUUUUGGGACCCAGCCGUCCCACGUGGGCUCACUUACCCGGACUGUCACAUCUAUGGACUCCAGUAGUCGCAUCAACGGCAACACAGAUUUUUCCAAGAACCCACUAGUGCCGAGCCGCUACCAUCAGUUCAUGACCCCCGAAGAUGAGGCCCAGUCUCAGUCCAGCCCCGCCAACAGCAGUGAAGAUGACGAUGAGCAAGAGGAGACCGAGGGGAAGAGUCUAACGUCCACAUCGAGCAUCUCAUCAGUUCAAGUGAAGAAGGAAUUUCCAGUCAAAGAACCCGGCAAGGAAAGUUCCUGUGAGAUGCGGAUCAGCCUCAACCAGAAGCCCAACAGCGGUCGAGAUUUUGGCUUUGAUGUGGCGUGGGACUCAAGCGGUGCUCACGUUAAAUCCAUCCAACCAGGGAGCCCAGCUGAGAUGUUCCAAUUGCAGACAGGGGAUGAGGUGCUGACGGUCAACGGCCAGCGGGUGACGGAUAUGCGCUACCUGGACUGGAAGGACAGCUUGGAUCGGGCUCUACAGGAAGGCAGCUUAGUGAUGGACAUCAGGCGUCAUGGCAAGAGCAACUGGGACAGAGAUCCGUCUUCCCCACCAUAUAAGGGCCAUAAGACCAUCAAUCUGACCAGUACGGCUCAUCCCAUACUUGUAGGUUUCCCCGAUACCAGCGCCACCAACACACUUGAUUUCACCUCUAUCGCAGACGAUCCCGCCAAGGGUGCCACCCGCUCAAUUGUGGAUGUGGCUUCCAACGGCGUCGAUGGUGGUUUCCCCAAAGUGUCUAUGACCACAAAAGAAUCAGAGCCCAUUUCUAUGAUAAACUUAAAACGGAGGUCAGAGUUUUUUGAGAAAGGUGGAACAGAUUCGACAUUGCCAGAUAUACCCGUUCCACCAAUCACCGCAUCUUCGACACGCUGGGCUUGGGAUCCAGAAGAGGAACGGAAGAGACAGGAGAAGUGGCAGAAGGAGCAGGAGCGCCAAUUACAGGAGAAAUAUAAACGUGACCAAGAGAAACUGCAGGAGGAGUGGACAAAGGCCCAACAGGAGAUCUCAAGCAGUGUUGAGCCCGUUGGCCCAACCCUUGCCUACCGGGAGCUGGAGCAAGAGCGAGAAAGGUUAGAGGAAGAGAGGAGAAUAAGGGAGGAGAAAGAGGAGCAAGAGCGCAUGAAGCUGGAGUUGGAAAGAAAGUUGAGAGAGGAGGAAUUUGAGCGCCAUAGGCAAGAGAUGAGGAGGCGGGAGGAGGAGCUCGAGCGGGAGAGACAGGAAGUCGAGAGGAAGAGGAGGGAGCAGGAGCAAGAACUGGAGCGCCAGAGGGAGGAGAUGAGGAGGAGGGAGGAGGAGCUGGAGCGCCAAAGGCAGCAGGAGGAGGAGAGAAAAAAGAGGGAGGCGGAGUUGGAACGCCUGAAAAUGGAGGAGGAGGAGAAGAGGAGGAGGGAGGCAGAGGAGGAAGAAGAGAGGAGGAGGAGAAGGGAGAAGGAGGAAGAAGAGAGGAGGCAAAGGGAGGAGGAAGAGCUGCUCUGGCAGAGGAGGAGAGAGGCUGAGAAGGAGGAGCUGAGGAGAAGAAUGGUGGCCGUGGAGGAACAACAGCGGCGAGAGAGGGAGCGCGCCGUCGAUGAGCAACGGGCAAAGACACUUGAGGACGAAGAAAGACUUCAGAGCAGAGGUAUGUUUACGCAUCGGGGAGGAAUAGCCCACUGGCUGCUGGACGAGCAAGCCAAGAGCAUGCGUGACAAAGUGGCACAUGGUCAGCGAGCUGUGAGCCAGCUGGAGAUGGAGAGGCGAAACAUCCUCAACGCAAUGAGAUACAGGGAGCCUGAGAGAGUGACGAGCAGCGAUGUGGUCGACGCGGCGGCUCAGCAGCCGAUAUCGCAAGCGGAACUUCAACGUCAGCAGCUCCUGAGUGACAUGAAGAAAAAGAACAACUUGCUGACGGACAAUAGCUGGAUCCGCCGAGGUGCCGCCAACACCCCCGGCCGCGAGGAACCGCCGUCAACACGCAGGGGUGGCUCCUUUGAACAUCUGGAUAACCCCUCCAACUCCUGGCGUUCGUCGUGGACGCCCAAGAGUGACUCCUUUUUUCCUAACUACUCCCGGCCUCACUCUGCCCUCUCUGGGAGCGCUUCCUUUUACGGGGGCGGGGCAACGGGGGCAAGGUCCGGGUCGAGCACCUUGCCCGCCUCUUUCCGGGGCCCGGCAGCGGGAACGACGCCUUGGUCUCGACAGUCGUUAUCUCCUUCUCCUUCUUCUAUCUCUCCUACCAUCUCUCCAGAACCGGGUUCUGAUGCAGGUGGUCAGCAGCAGCACAGCAGGUCGGUGAGUGGUAAGAAAGUGUGUACGUUUUGUGACACGGCGCUGGGGAAGGGAGCGGCCAUGAUCAUCGAGUCCCUCGGGCUCUGUUAUCAUUUAACCUGUUUCAAGUGCAUCGACUGCAAGUCGGCCCUCGGGGGAUCAGAAGCCGGUGCUGAGGUCCGAAUCCGAAACAAACAGCUCUACUGUAACACCUGCUAUAAGCGAUUCAAAGCACAUAUCCGAGCAGCCGCGAACGAAGGCCUCUUCACGCUAAUCCCCGACGAGCUAAAGGGCAACGCUAUAAACAGGGCGAGGGAGCCGCGCGAUGCCCGUAGGCCGCAAAGCACUUAA